ACUCAUUAUAAUAGUUAAAGUAUAAAUGCGUUUGUUUGCAUAAUAGAGUCUUCUUAAGAAUAUGACAUGAACGUUUAAAGCAACUCAAACCUUUCUUAGACAAUAGGACUUGAUUUGCUUCACAAUGUAAUUCUAAGAAAUAAGGGUACAUGUGAACCUUGCCAUUAACACCGUCUCACCUUCUACACAGGCACUAUACGAUCAAGGUCUAAGGUUGUUCUUCUUGGCUGGAGUAGGGCCAAUUGGCUGCACCCCUUCUCAGAAAACAGCGGCUCAACUGCCUGCUGAUAAAUGUGUUAACUUCAGCAAUGAUGUGGUUCAAAUGUUCAACAUAAGGCUAAGAACCUUGGUUGAUCAAUUUAAUGUCACACACCCAAAUGCAACUUUUAUUUUUGGAGAUACUUUCCAGGCUCUGACGGAUAUACUUGCUCAUCCUUCCCAAUUUGGAUUAACAGAAUUGGAGAGAGCAUGCUGUGGAGUGGGGCGAAAUAAUGCAGAAAAAAUGUGUCUUCCUUUACUAAUACCAUGUUUAAACAGGAAUCAAUAUGCUUUCUGGGAUGCAUUUCAUCCAACAGAAGCUGUUCACAGGCUCCUAGCUUUAGCGGCAUUUAACGGCCCUAAAUCUUAUUCUCACCCCUUUAAUCUCAAGGAGAUAGUUGAGAUGACCAAAGUUCAGAUCUGAAUUCCCCUGUUCUGUAAACUAAAACUUGUGUAAAAGUGCAGCUAUGAUUGAUAUUUGACAAUGAAGAAGUUAGUAUGUAUACUAAUUCAAUUUAUUGAACUAAUGUAUUACUUACAGUGCAUAAAUGUAGCUUCUGCAUGUAUUUAGCAGUAGUUGUGUUUAUUAUAGGCAUAUAGCUUGACAGUCCUGUGUAAUCGAUUUUCAAGGUUUAAAUAAUGAAUUAAAGGAAAUUUUAUAGCUCUUGUUGCACCUAAAAAUUUUAAGGCUUCUAGACUCCUAAUAACCAAAAUAUAAUUAUGUUUAUAAUCCAAUUGAGUUUGUUUCAUGUAAACUUAAGGUUAAUUAGACCCGAAAAGCAAAAUAACCAAGCAUACACACCACAAGUUGAGUUCAAAUUGUCUGCAUCAGCCUACUGCCAAAAAAAACUUGGUUAAAAUUUCUUUGAUGAUAAAUUUGAUUGAGAGAGUCUCAUACUCUCAUGUGAUAUACAGAUUGGUUGAAUUCUUCACUGGCGAUUGCAAUCCUGCAUCAGGCUUCAAAGGUCUAAGUUCUACGUCUUCAUCAAUACAGAGGCAUAUAAUAAGGUUGAACUAGAAAAGGAAAUA